AGGGGAUGGUUAGAGUCUGGGAUGGUCGAUGACGAAGUAGUAACCCAGGGCCACAGGAACCGCAACCAUCAUGCCGACAAUUAUUCUGCGAGAUGAGAGACCUCAUUAUGCAGCUACCGGACGAUGAGAGGAUGAGUCCAAGAAAGGCUCGACGUCAUUUUCUCAAGGAAAAAAAAUCGCUCCAGCUUCCAGCAACGCGCCACCAUUCCUGCGAAGCCAAUAACCCCAAGGCAAGAAUAAAGAAGUUAAUUGCGGAGGAAGCAACGGAGAGAUCGGUUGGUACAUGUACAGUGGCAUCGGAUUUGUCUUGCUUCACCAUUUCUGGGAAAAAGGCUGGAAUGAGUGCGCCGGUGGUUCUCUGUCAAAGAAGCUGCUGGUGGUGGUUGGCAACCCAUGCAAGAAUGCAGGCGCCCAUCUUGCGGAUUGAUCAUGAUCUUGCAGAGUGCCCCUAGGCUGUGCUCUUUUAUCUUUACCACGGCUCAUGUUAUCUUGUUUGGUGUUUGCAUGAAUCAAACUCAAGCCUUCACCUAAGAUGCUUAUAGGUAAUAAAAGGGCCUUACAACAGAUGCUUGUAAAUGAAGACGACGCAGAUUUGUGCAGUGUUUCAUCAUUUAAAAGACAUUCGGAAAGAUUAAUGUCUGAGGACCUGUGAUAAAAUGCAGCACUUUUGUAUAAUGCAAUUUGGCCUGUGAAUUU